AUGUUGCGUCUGGCUUGCGCCUUGGCCCGGCUCAUCAGCAAGGACCCGAACAGCCCCUCCACAUCCACACCAGCGAGCCCGACGCCGCGGAAGACCUCGCUCAAAUCCAAGCCCACGUGGCGCAGCGCCUCAGUCCACGCAGACAACAGGGUCCAGAGCUACAGAUGCCCGUUCACCGCCAACAACGCUCUGGCGGCGGUCACCAAGAAAGAAAUAGAAGCGUACAACUCGUCGGAGGAAAUACGAAUGCCCUCCAACACCACCAUCUCCACGGAGAGGAUCAACGAAGGCGAAGAGUUCAACUUGACGAACAUCAGGAGCAUGAACAGACGGAGCCUGGCAGUGAGCGUCGAACACCACGCGUUCAAGACCUCCCCGGAGAAGAUAGUAGAAGUAGAGGACGAUGAGGACAGAGCCAAGUCUGAUGACGUCCCCGCGUCGCCGCAGUCAGACAACGUCAACAUUACUAGCCAUAGGAAACCUACCGUUAGGAAGAACAGCUGCACCGUCGCCCUGGACGUAUACAAGAGACGCUCCUCCGGGAUCUCUAGGCCUCGCCUGAACAGCCUCAACCUCAUCAACUCCGAGAAGUUGAACUCGAUGCGGGAACGCUUCGGAACACCCGAGAAGGUGAUGCACUUCUUCGGCAGAUGCUUCGUGAAGUUCUUCACUAACUACGGAUACGACACGAUGAUUCGCGCCACCGGCCGCUACUUCUGCACGUUCCUCCAGUCCGUGGACAGCAUCCACCAGCGUAUGCGUUUCACGUUCCCCCGAAUGCGCUCGCCUAGUAUGCAGCUGACGCGCGCGCAUAUACACGGCGCGGAGCUAGUCUACAGCAGCGGCCGGACUGGCUUCACGCAUUACCUUAUGGGACAACUCUACGAGAUUGCGGAAGACAUAUUCUCGUUGAAACUGAAGGCGUCGAUUGUGAAGGAGAGCAUGGAGGGGACCUAUUACGUAGCCGUGCUUCGGCUCGAAUUCGACAAUAGCGACUAUCUGGUCGCUGCUUGGGGUGGGCCAUGCCACCGGAUUAUGAAGUCGCCCGUUUCCGAAAUUCUCCGUUUGAGGAAACCAAAGAUAUCAUUUACGUGGGACAAGGUAGUGUGCAUGCAGACUAUGCUGUUUGAGUUGGAACUGAUGCGGUGGAAAGCGCGGUGUGUGAACGACGCUCGCCGCGGAUCACAGGGUGCACGCUCAAUACUGCUCAAAGGACCGAUUUAUUUAUUAGAAGAAAUCGAUUCCCUCAUAUUCCUGUGCAGUCCUAUCUUCAACGAUUUAGACGAAUUAAGACAAGCCGGCUUGUACCUUGCGGACUUGAACGGCCACGGUCUAUCCAAAGAGAUGCUGUUGCACGGCUGGCAACAUCUCUCUCGUCUGGAACUGCUGUUCGAAAAGGCAGAAAGCAGGAGUUCAUCCCUAGAGAAGUCCUGCAGGCUUUUGGAUCAGUGGAAGAAGAGGGGCGAUCAACUCUUGUACUCAAUGAUACCAAAGGGGAUUGCGGAUCAUUUGAGAUCUGGGAAGGACCCAAUGGCUGCUUGUCAGGCGUUUGAAUCGGUGACAAUAAUGUUCUGCGGAGUGCAGCUAGCUGAGGCGGGCACCCGCGCCGACGUGAUGCAGACCGUCGCCUACAUGAACGACGUCUACUCGAGGAUCGACCGGCUCCUGGACUCCCACCGGGUCUACAAGGUGGAGACGGUAGGCACCGUGUACAUGCUGGUGUCCGGAGCGCCUGAGAGGCGACGGGCGCACGCCGCGUCGGCCGCUAGUGCCGCACUGGCUGUAUCUCGCGCGUUACCUAUGCUCACAAUUGGGGUACACUCUGGACCAUGCGUGGCGGGUGUGCUAGGGCGGCGAUUGCCGCGGUAUUGUCUAGUUGGAGACACAGUCAACACCGCUAGCAGGAUGCAGACCUCGUCUGAGCCUGGACGCAUUCAGAUAUCCGCGAAGACAGCAGCGGAACUUCCCGCCGGCAGAUUCAGGCUCAGGCGAAGAGGCCUUAUUAAAGUAAAGGGUAAAGGUAUGAUGGAGACUUUCUGGCUGGAGGGUGAAAUUGAGGAGGAAGAGCAAGUCGAAGCCUUGCAGCUGUUCUCUGCACUCUGCGGGGACAAC